CCCCGUGGCGGUAAAUGGUUAUUUGAAAGUAAGCUGUUAUCGGUUACUUGGCUAACAAAAAGCCAAAAUAUAAACUUUGGUGGUGAGAAAGGUAGUGACAUAACGGCAAGAAUACAUUCGCUUUUAAAUCAAGAUCUGGACAGUGCUUCUGAAAUCGAUAGCCAUGCCGAACUACAUCUAAAUCAAUCAAUUGAAAAUUUGCUAGCUGUCGAACCUGACGAUGUCAAUGAUGAUGCACUUGAACAUUCGUUUAGUUAUCAACCUGAUGUUGAAAAGAAAUUGGAAUACCAAGACGAAAAUCAAGCGAAAAUAGAUUCUGAAAUCGGUGUAAAGUAUGAUGAGUUGAAUGCGAAGUCAAAAAAUUUGCAUGAAGGCCCAAUCGGUAUGCACGCAAACUUAAUAAAUUGGCAUAAUCCCUUGGGAAGCAACUCCAGCUAUAACUGCGACUCCGAGUCAAUAGCAAGAUUGAAUUCGAAACUUGAGAGAUUUUCCGAAAAUGUGGCAAACAAACUACAGGAUAUUACAGUUGAGAUAAACAAUAUUAAAGAAAGUAAACCCUACUCGAUUCUGGUUUUGGAAAACGUAGUUAAUGACCUAAAGAAAGACAAGCUUGAGCUAAUCAGAAUGAAUGAUGAUCUUAGGGCACAAAAUAUGAACAUGUCCUGUUUCUAUAUCUGAUUUGAAAAUGGCAAAUAAAAAUUUGGAAAACGAAAAGAGCAGCCUUUUGACUGCUCUUAAGUUAUUUCAAAAUGACUCUCAACAUACGUCCAUGACUAACACUGUGAUUUCAAAAGACGGAGAAAUUAACAUUGAACCGGCCUGUGAAAUCAUACGUAAUAAUGAAGUCACUCAACUGAAUCAUGAAUCUGAUCAGCCUGUAAUCUAUAGUCAGCCCAACGCCAAAGAAAGUCUUACAAAAAAGAGUAAAAAGAAGAGUAAGAAAACCAAGUCUAAACCAUCAGCUCAUAAUACCAGUCAACUAAAUGCUCCGGAUGCAAAUACCUCUGGCUCUGGCGGGAUUUCAAAUACCUCCAACAUUGAAACAACGAGACAGGGCCAGAACUCGCAGAAGCAACCAGUUGUUAUUGCAGGAGACUCAAUUGUUAAAAAUAUUAUCGGUCCGAAGAUGAAUGCUGAAGAUCCUAAUCAUUAUUUUAUUGUAAAGCCGUUCCCUGGAGCAACAGUCACAGACAUGGAGGACUUUGUCAAGCCACUUACAAGAAGAACACCGGACAAGAUUAUUUUACAUGUUGGAACAAACGACCUGAGAAGUCAUUGCACGCCAAAAGUAAUAGCUGACUCUAUCGUCAACAUUGUAACGCAAGUAAAAGAAGAUUCACCAGGUACAGAUGUUGGAAUAUCAGCCAUUCUGGUAAGGUCUGAUAAUCAUGACUUAACUGUUAAAGCUACUCAGGUUAAUAACAUUCUUAAAGGCUAUUGUAUUCGCAAUAAAAUUCCCUUCUUAAGUAAUUCAAAUAUGAAUGAAAGCCACCUAAACACGAAGGGCCUUCAUUUAAAUAGACAAGGUAGCUUAGCUUUACAACAAAACUUUUUAGAUUUUGCUAAAUCUAUCUCAGAUUGACAAUUUCCCAAAUCCGUUAUUCCUACCUCACGCGGGUUUAAGUUAGCAGCCCUUAAUGUGAGAAGCAUAGUAAAUCACAUUGAUGAGCUGCGAGUUUUGCUUGCUACUAGCCCAAUCGAUGUUCUAGCAAUUAACGAGACAUGGCUUAAUUCUACAAUAAGCGAUAACGAUGUUUACAUACCUGGAUAUGAAAUUAUACGUCGGGACAGAGCAUGUAGUAGUGCCGAUGGAAAAACGUAUGGAGGUGUUUGCUUUUAUGUGCGCUCCUGCGUAAAUUUUAUACU